AUGUUUACGUUCCAAUUAUGCUGCAUAAUAGAAAACGUGCUCCUUGAUGCCAGGUCACCUGCUAAGCAACGGGCAAUUUCGCGGACAUACAAGUAUCAACCUCCUGUCCCAACCCGCAUCAACCUCAGCCCGUCUGCCAUGGGCUGCAGUCCAUCUACAUUGGCCGUGGCGGCGCUAAAUCGUUCUCUCGAGACCGGGGAAGGACCAGACGUGCUGCAAUCCAAGCUGCAGACCAGCCCAUGGCUGCUCAGCGCAACCACGGCUGUGCUGUCAAGCACUGCCGGCACGCCGUUGCACACCGCCUGCGAACGGAAGCAAGUGGAGGUGGUUCAGCAGAUGCUGUCCUUCCUGUCCGGCGCUAGCCUGUCGGUCGUACGCGAGGCGCUGCAGCCGUACUGCCGCCGUAACGACCUGCCGCUGCCCCAUUCGGUGGCUGAGGGAGUGCGCAUCGCCGUGGGCAUGGUGAACUGCAAGGGUGGGCCAGACGCCCCUCAUGUGCGCGUGUGCGGCUGGCAGUCCCGAGCUGGUCAAACUGCUAAUGGCGCAGCGGCGCUGCUCGGCAGUCCGUCGGGCCUGACACUGCCGCCUGGGGCUUCGGAGCCCUCCCGGGCGGGAGUCAGGUACGUCAACGUCCGCACCAGCAGCGGCCUCUCCGCGCUCCACUAUGCCGCCUUCUUCGACCACCCUGCCGCGGUGGAGGAGCUGCUGCGCCACGACCCCCACAUCAACGCCGCCACGAGCAGCCACAGCUAUGACGUGGACACCUCCUGCGACGCCCUCUCCACCCCCCUCCACUUCGCGGCUGUGCUGCACCCCACCACCCCCGGAGGCACGCGAGCAAGGGACCCCCGGCUGAGAGCCAAUCACGGACACAGAACUCCCUGGCAGGUCGCAGUGGACCACCACCCCGAACAGCGGGAGCUGCUACAGCUGCUCCACCCCGGGACACCACUGGAGGAAGUCGUAGAGCUCCUCGCGGCUUCAGGGACGGGGGCGGCCGCUGGUGGGGCUCCCUCUUCAUCCGCCUCUGCUUCGCAGCAACAGCUGUUGCCGCUAUCGCUUCUGCCACCCUUCGGGGGCGGCAUGGGCGCUCGCACGGGACCUGCCAGUUUGGCGUCCAUUGCGGCUGCGGCGCUGCAGACCCGGCUUCUGGGCGAGCUACAGCGGCUGCUGCUGCCACCGUCGCCGCCGCUGCAGCUGCUACUGCAGCAGAAGCAGCAGCAGCAGGAGGGCAGCAGCUCCCCGCAUGUGCUACAGCUAGGUUCCAAAGCGGUCACCGGCAGUAGCAGCGGCAGUAGCAGGAGCGAGGCCCGGGCUACGGGCCCCGUUGGGGAUGUGGAAGUUAGAGGGAGGAGAAGGGGGAAGGGGGCACUUGUGGCGGAGGCUGUAGAGGAGGAGGAGGAGGAGGCUGAGGAGGUGUUUUGUGGCGUGUGUUUUGUUGAGCGGGAGGCCGUGGCCCCGGCGGGAUGCGGUCACGGGGUGUGCGGGCGGUGUGCGGAGCGGAUGUGCCGUAUGGCGCUGGGGCCGGGCAGCAGCAAGCCACCGCGACCGCUGCUUUGUCCAUUCUGCCGCCGGGAGGUGACGGGGUUUGUGGGGUUGGCGGCGAGGGAGGUACGGCAGAGCGGUUGGGGCCGGCAUCCAUGCAAACAUGUUAGAAAUAUUGCGAGAAAAGUUACAAGGUAUUGCGGGGCGGAUAUCCCUAUCGGCUCCCUGUCUGCGACAGAGAUAUACAGAUGCAUGGAGAUAUAUGUCAUUGUUUGUCCUAAGUACGGAUUAAAGUACGGAUUGUAG